AUGUUUGACUACAAGAGAGCACUUCAGUUUCAAAGUUGCAUCGAUCGAUCCAUGUCGUUUCAGAAUGAAUCCGGUGACAUUUCUCCACAGAGAAAGCUGGGGAAGGGAAAGAUCGAGAUCAAGCGGAUCGAGAAUACCACAAAUCGACAAGUGACAUUUUGUAAGCGUCGCAAUGGUUUGCUCAAGAAGGCCUAUGAAUUGUCUGUUCUUUGUGAUGCUGAGGUUGCUCUUAUUGUCUUCUCAAGCCGUGGUCGCCUUUAUGAGUAUGCUAACAACAGUGUUAGAGGGACAAUCGAUAGGUACAAGAAAGCAUGUCUAGAUCCACCUACCAGUGGCUCGGUUGCUGAAGCCAAUGCUCAGUUUUACCAGCAAGAAGCUGCGAAACUGCGCCAGCAAAUUGCAAAUCUUCAAAACCAGAACAGGCAAUUCUACAGGAACAUUAUGGGGGAAUCUUUGGCAGAUAUGCCGGUGAAGGACCUCAAGAAUCUUGAAACUAAGUUAGAGAAAGCGAUUAGCAGGAUUCGAUCCAAAAAGAAUGAACUGUUGUUUGCUGAAAUCGAGUAUAUGCAAAAAAGAGUAAGUGGCUCCGAACCUGUAGCUCACUCUUAAACCUGUAACUCCAUCUUCAAUUAUGUUGUCUUCUAUUCUAUGAGCAUAUUACAUAUUAAUCUAACCACGUAAAUUUAGUAAUGAUAUCAUUACUAAAUUUAUUCUUGUUAACUAUGCUCGAACAAGUUCAUUCAUGUCGUUAUCAGUUCCUAAUGAAAAAAUAAUAUCUCAAAUGUUCAAUGAAAAAAUUGAGUUUCUCUGUUAGCAUUAUGUAUAAUGUAUAUUUGUACGUUGAUGCAAAUCUAUACAUAAUCGAAUUCUGGUUUAUGAAUCUUUUCUAAACUUUUUCGUA